UGGAUGGGUGGGAUGGAUGGGACGGGACUGGAUGGGACACCUGGACCUUGGCUAGGUCUUCGAAUGGCACAUGAAUUCCGCGGCCUUUGAGCUGCAGAUCUCCGAGGAGCUUUCUUGGGCUAGGUUAUGCGUCUCCAUUUCUUGCAGAGUGGGUCGUAGGAUUCUGGCUCCACUUAUCAAAACUGUGUGGAAAGUCGGGCCCGGGAGUUUUUCAGAAAAGAUGGAGGGGGGGGGGCACUCCACUCUCCCACACAUUUUCUGGGUCUAGUUUUCACCAGGGUUAAGAAGUUUACAUCCAGAGGGGGAAGAGAGCGUGGGAGGGUGAGACCCUUGCAAAGAUGGACAAAUGGAAGAUUUUAUUCUUUCAACCUACCUGAGACAACACUUAACAUGUCCUGUGGCUGGUUAGGACUUCCAGGUUCUGUCAGUCUCGGGCAGUGGGAGAAGAUGGUGCAACUCUAUCGCUUUUUGUUGAUCCCCACUCGCCUUACCCUUAAAGUCUCCACAGUUUUGUAUCGGCUGGGUGAGUCUAGUAUUGCUUGCUUCUCUGCAGUCUUCUACUCAUUGUGGGUGCUGUAUUUGGUACUGAAGAAGGGACUCCGUGUAGUCUUCUGUAACAAGAGGAUUGAUGUACCACCCAGCUGCCUCACUGAUGCAUUCUAUGGGGAGCACCGCUAUUUAACAAUUAGGAAUUCAGGGCUGAGGCUCCACUAUGUUGUGGCUGGCCAGGAAGGGGCACAGUUGAUGCUUUACUUGCAUGGAUUUCCUCAGAAUUGGUUUGCCUGGCGACAUCAGUUGAAGGAGUUUAGGGAGGCAUUUAAGGUGGUGGCAGUCGAUUUGCGAGGCUAUGGCUUCUCUGAUUCACCAGCUGACCGUGAGCAUUAUCAAAGAGAUUAUUUACUGGAGGAUGUUCGAGGGAUCAUUGAGGCAUUAGGCACUGCUGAGAAAAAUGUAUUUACUAAGUGCAUCCUGGUAGGACAUGACUGGGGUGCAACCAUUGCUUGGGAGUUUGCUGCCAGUUACCCUGGUAUGGUGGAGAAGUUAAUUAUCCUGAAUGGUGUGCAGUUUCAUGUCUUUUCAGAAUAUCUUGCACAACAUCCCAGCCAGAUGGUGCGGUCCAACUACAUGUUCCUGUUUCAGCUUCCCAAACUGCCCGAGUUCCUGUGGUCCUUUGAUGACUUCUGUAUUCUAAAGAAUGUGAUGACCAGCAAGAAGGGAGGAAUUCAGAAUCCAGCACACCAGCUGACAAAGGAGGAGUUAGAUGCAUAUCUGUAUGGAUUUUUGGAGCUUGGAGGUUUAACUCCACCCAUGAAUUACUACAGGAACAAGUCCAGCUGGGUUCCUACAAAUUACAAGGAUGUACUGGUGCCCACCCUACUGAUCUGGGGAGAGAAAGAUGUAUACUUGGAAAAAGGACUUAUCCCGUUUAUACAGCAGUAUGUACGGAAGAGCAUUCAGGUGCAUUGCAUCCCUGAAGCUGGCCACUGGGUUAGUGAGGACCAACCUGAAAAAGUCAACCAGCUGAUGUGGGAUUUCCUCCGAGAGAGAGAAUGAAUUAAAUGCUCUGUACGCAGCAGGAUUCCUACUUCUCCACUCAUGUUCUUUGAAAUGAGUCUGCACCAUAUUGGAGCCUGACUUCUGUGGAACUAACUGCUUUUGUCACUGCACAGGUGUUCUCUAAAGAGGAUUGCUUCGGGAUUUCUGGUAUGGGGCUCCCUGACGACAGAACCACAAGGAUGCUGUUCUCCAUAACAGGUGGUCUGUAGUGUGAGGCUGUAAUACCUGUGGAAGAGCUAGACUUCUCUUUUUAUAUUUUUCUUACUCUGUGUGCCUUAACACAGCUGAGUCUUCAGCUAAGCUGUGUGUUCACUGUUCCAGUCUUGUGUUUCUUUUCUCUGGAACUAAACAGCCUGGGCUGUAAGGGGGAAAGGCCCUUAGCUUGGAAUGAAAAUCAGUACUUUUUCAACAUGAAUAAAAGGUGAAUCUGUUAACAAAUCAAGAGGAAGUUGGCUUUAACAUGUAAAAUUGUCUGAAGGCAUCACUGAACUUGUGAACAUCCUGCUAACGCCCAUUCGAACCUGAAAAUAAUCAGUUGGGAAAAGGAGAUUAAAUAAUUCUUUCCUGUGAAUAAAGCAGAAUUGGGUAGCUGUUUUAAUAGUGUACACCAUGUCCUUUGUACAUGGUAGAAUGAAGAAACAAAGAGACUGCUCAGUGUAAAGGAGAAGAGGUAUGUGUACCAUUUUCAAGGAAAUCCUGUCAAUGUGUAUAUUAAAGUACCUCUGUGACAAAGAA